AUGGCCCAGUUUGUCCGUAACCUCGCGGAGAAAGCCGUGGCGCUGGUCAGCGCUGCUGUGACUUACUCGAAGCCUCUGAAGCCUCGACUGGCCACAUUCUGGCACUAUGCCAAGGUUGAGCUGGUUCCUCCAACCCCUGCUGAGAUCCCUACAGCUAUUCAAAGCUUGAAAAAAAUUAUCAGUAGUGCUCAAACUGGUAGCUUCAAACAGCUAACAGUUAAGGAAGCUCUAUUGAAUGGUUUGGUGGCCACUGAGAUGUGGAUGUGGUUUUAUGUUGGCGAGAUCAUAGGCAAGCGUGGCAUCAUUGGCUAUGUUUGA